AUGCUGAGCCGGCUUCAGGAGCUACGCAAGGAGGAGGAGACGCUGCUUCGGCUGAAGGCGGCACUGCACGACCAGCUGAACCGACUCAAGGUUGAAGAGCUGGCCCUUCAAUCAAUGAUUAAUUCUAGAGGAGGGGAUGAGAUGCCACCUUCUCAAUCUGCACCUGAAAGGGCACAAGAUAUGUUGGUGCAUGUAGACAAUGAAGCAUCAAUCAACCAAACUGCACUGGAGCUGAGCACAAGCUGCCAUGCUCUGGAAGAAGAGGAGGAAGAAGAGGAUGAAGAAUCAGAUUCUUGA